ACGUGUCGCUGUUGUCGUCGUCCGUCAUGCUCCCGUACAGAGUCCGGCUGCGAGCCCGCCCGCCGUCCCUCGCCACCCGCAGGCCAUUCUGCGCGUCGCGGCUCGCGUUCAACGCGACGCCGCCGGCCCCGCGACCACCACCACCCCCGCCGCCCGAGCCGACGCUGAAGGAGCGCAUCCGGCGGCUGCUCCGGCGCGACACGGCGGCGCGCGCCUCGUCCACCUCCCCGCGCGGGCCCACGGCCAUUGCGCUCCUCCGCCUCGCCAAGCCCGAGACGCGCCCGCUGCUCCUGGCAUCUGGUCUGCUGCUCGUGUCGUCCGCGGUGUCGAUGAGCGUCCCCCUCACGAUCGGCCGCCUGAUCGACGUCUUCGCCACCCCGGGCGCCGCCAUCCCCUUCGGUCUUUCCCUUCCUACUGCUUCUGCUAUCCUUGUCCUCCUCUUCACUGUCGGUGCUGUCGCGAAUGCGGGGCGCGCUGUGAUCAUGCGUCUAGCUGGUCAGCGCAUCAUUGCGGGCCUCCGUAAGCGCACCUACGCCGCUGCCCUUCGACAAGACGUGGACCACAUUGAGCGCCACGAGGGCGACAUUGUUUCCCGCCUCGCCGUUGACUCCUCCAUCGUUGGUGACAGUCUCACUCAGAACCUCUCGGACGGCCUCAGAAGUAUUGUGCAAGCCGGUGUCGGCUUGGGCGCCAUGUUUUACAUCUCCCCAACUCUUACCAUGCUCAUGCUGGCUAUCGUACCACCAAUAUCACUGGGCGCGGUAUUCUACGGUCGCUACCUCAAGAAGCUAUCGCAUCGGACGCAGGAAGCCAUCGGUGACAUGACCAAGACGUCGGGCGAAGCACUCGCUGCCCUGCGCACAGUUCAGUCGUUCAACGCGUACCCGAGGGAGGAGCGGAGAUUCGACGAGCGCGUCAACCGCAUCCUAACCCUCGCGCGGCAAGAGGCUGUUGCAUCUGGCAUUUUCUUCGGUAGCACCGGCUGGAGCGGAAACCUUACGGUAUUAGGCUUGUUGGGUUAUGGUGGAACUCUUGUCUCCGCUGGCACCAUCACCGUCGGCGACCUCACCUCGCUCCUCCUCUACACCGUCUACGUCGGUGGUGGUCUACAAAUGCUGACCACCUUCUUCUCCUCCAUCAUGCGCGGCGUCGGUGCUGCCCAGCGCGUCUUCGAGCUUUUGGACCGGCCACCAGUUAUCCCGCCAGACGUCCCCGGCGUCCCCAAGCACCCGCGUGCGGCGGAGAUUCUGAAGGCGAUCGGCGGACCAGUCGACCCCGCGACGUUACCACCGGCAGCCCCGGUGAAGUUCGAGGGGGUAAGGUUUGAGUACCCUGCUCGCCCCGGUGUGGACGUCCUCCGUGGCUUUGACCUUGAGGUGCAGGCGGGUGAGAGCGUGGCGAUUGUCGGUCCCUCUGGCGGUGGCAAGUCCUCGGUACACGCGCUACUCCUCCGGUUCUUCGACCCGGUGGAGGGUAGGGUGCUCUACGGCGAUGUGGAUGUGAGACGACUACCCGUAAACGCCUGGCGGUCACGCAUCGGCGUUGUCCCGCAGGACCCGGUACUCUUCUCGGGUACCGUCGCGGAGAAUAUUGCGUAUGGGUGGGAUGACGCACCCCGCGAAGCCAUCGAAGCCGCCGCGCGCGCCGCGAACUGUGAGUUUGUGUGGGGCAUGCCGCAAGGGUUUGAUACGCCUAUCUCCCGCCUCUCCCUCUCCGGCGGCCAGCGGCAGCGCCUCGCCAUCGCGCGCGCGCUCCUCCGGCGCCCCGCGAUCCUCGCGCUUGACGAGGCCACCUCAUCCCUCGACGCAGGUUCGGAGGAGAGGGUGAACGACGCGAUCGACCGGAUAUUGAGAGAUCGACAGACGACGUGUCUGUUUGUGGCGCAUAGGUUGAGCACGAUUGCGCGGGCGGAGAGGAUUGUGGUGUUGGAGGGCGGCCGGAUCGCCGAGUCGGGGACGUAUCGCGAGCUGGUGCGAAGGCCAGACAGCCGCUUCCGCGCGCUGAUGGCGGCGCAGCUGGAUGCGCUGGAUGGGCGGCGGACGAAGGAGGAGGUGGAGCAUAUGGCGGGGGAGGAGGAGGAUGAGGGGUUGGGCGAGGAUGAGAAGGUUGAGGGUAAGGAAGCAUUGGUUGAGGAGCAGAGGAGAUGAGGCGGGAUGAGAUGGAUGGGUCUAUGACGGAGGAUAUUCGCGAGCCGUCCUUGGCAUCGCAUACGGCUGGGAUAUUUCCACAGGAAGCAAGUACGGUAUUUACUCACCCCAGGACUCGAACCACAGCAUACACAUUCGCUACCUGUACAUUUGCAAGGUGAUAAUCAACAAGAGGCAUCGCCGCUCACAAGUCUUGUUGCCC